AUGAUCGAGUUCACACACUUACCUGACAGCAGCACCUCUUCGGCGGGCAUGGCACAUGCCCAUCGCUCCACAGCAUUACCGCAUCCUGGCACACACAUCACCGCUCGAGAUCAGUAUUCCCCGGCGACGCCAUCUUACAGGAGGGUGUCUGAGCACCAGCCUAGAUCUCCAUCGUACCCAGCCGCUCUACGACACCAUCCCAUAUCUCCGACUUCCAGCCCUAUCACCGGCUUCAACGCACCCGCUUCCCUGAGAAUGGAUCCAGGCCAUUACACCUCGUCUCCCUCUCGGACACAGACGAGUGUGCCUCCGCUGAGCCCCAUCACAAACCUCGGCAUCCUCCAAUACACGGAUGGCAUGCAGGUCAAGGUCGACAUCCACGGCAACAUCGACAAGGGCUUCUUCCAGUCUGACGGCGAUUGGACGUGUUAUAGGAGGAACUACUUCUCCUGCAUUUGCUCGUUCGGACUGACUCCACAUUAUCCCGGCCAGGUUUUGCAGUUCACUCAGCAAGGCUCAACGCAGCCGUACUCUGUCUUGGGCUUUGCCAUGUCUAUCUCGGCCGUCGUCGCGGAGAACGACUCCCAUACGAUCGAACUGGUCCAGCAUACGCCCAAGAGGGACAAGGGCCCGAUUGAGAAACCUGGUAAGGUGCGCCUUCACCCGAAGCAUCCUCAGAUGUCACAUCCAAUGGGUCUGUACCAUAGCGACUCUGGGCUUGGAGGUCUGUCGAGGAUCGGGUUCCCAGACAGCGGGGGCUAUGGUGGGCAACAGGGCGGCGACCCAUAUCAGACGGAACAUACUUUCGAGCGCAUCCAGUUCAAGCAGGCGACAGCGAACAACGGAAAGAGACGGGCUGCACAGCAGUACUACCACCUGCUCAUCGAGCUUUGGGCGGACAUCGGGUCACAGGGCCCGGACAACUUCAUACGGAUCGCGUACCGGAAGUCGGCCAAGAUGAUUGUGCGCGGCCGCUCUCCAGGUCAUUACCAGAGCGAGAGGCGUGCCAGCACCAGCAGCGGACCAGGGGGGUCAGGUGGUAGCUUCACGGGGUACCCGACCAACUCGAUCAUCGGAUCCGACUUUGGGGCCGCUGGUUCUAUGGUGGGGGGAGGCUACACGCCAGGGUUUGAUGCCCGCGGGAACACUCAUUACGGGUCGACUCGUCACCACCCCGAGCUGGAGCACAUGUUAUCUCCUGAAGAUGCGAAAGCCAUCGAGACCACGAAGGACUACCAGUAUUAUCCCGGCGCCAUGUACGACGGAACUGAUUCGAGAGGGGUAGACAUGUUCGACCACCAUCGACAUGGACAGGACAACAUGGUACCACAGGUCGGUUCAAACUACGGUUCACUCCACGAUAGAGUCAAGCGCGACCCCGAGAUACUGCCAAGCAUUUUCCAGCCCGGAACGCUCAUGUCGACUCAAAGAUGCGGCCCCUUCGAAGGCAAACCGACUUCCAGUGGCUACUACCCGGCCAUGGCUCCGCAAUCCGGAGUCAACGUCACAAACUUGACUUGA